AUGACGGAGGUGGGGAUGGCCCUCGGGCAGCCCCUCCGCCCCGACAGCGCGCGCAUCCCCGGGACGGUGGGGUCACCCUUUCCCACCGUCCGAACCCGCCUUCUGGAAGCCGAGGCGGCCGACAAAAUCGAGGAAUCCUCCGCCCACGGCCGCGCCGAGGUCGGCGUCCUCGCCGUCGCCUCGCCGUCGGUCUUCGAUCGCUACUGGAAUAAUCCGGAGGCGACCCUGAAGGAGCUUUAUGUCGACGCGGACGGGGUGCGGUACUUUCGGACGGGGGAUACGGUCCAGGUGCAAUAUCCCCCCCCCGACGCCAAGGACACCCCGCCGCUCUUCACGAUUAUGGGGCGCACCAGCGUUGAUAUCAUCAAGUCGAACGGGAAUAAGCUCUCGGCCCUCGAGAUCGAGGCGAGGAUGCUGCUCCACGGGGAUAUUUUUUACGAGGUCGCGGUGGUGGGGGUGGCGCAUGCGGUAAAGGGGGAGGAGGUGGUCGCGGUGGUCGCGCUCCACGAGGCAGCCGCCCGGGCACGCGCAAUCGUGUACGAUUCCAGGACCAAUGCCUUCGAGUCUGAUGAAAUCAACACCGAGUUGCGAACGAUCGUAUCCGAUGUUUUGGCACCGUAUAAGUGUCCUAGACGGUAUAUUUGCGUUCAUCAUAUUCCACGGAAUGAUACUGGAAAAGUCAAUAAGGUAGCACUAAAAUUGCUUCUAAAUUUACGCUAG